ACGUGUCCACAGAUGUAAACGCCGGACAGAACUGUGUGCAACUCUGAUUUAAUGAGACACAAAUAAGACAGAAGUAUCAACAGCGUGUAAUACAGCUGUGGCGGAUGUUGAUGACGGAUCAGUCAGGGUGUGUGAGGCGCUUCAGAGUCUGAAAUCCGUCUUCAAUCUGACUUAGAUCGAGUUUCAUGUUUUCCAGGAACCUCGACAGCCCGAAACGGGGUUAAGAGACUUUUCAUCCGGUGGCUCGUACAGUAAGUGGAGAGAUCAGUGAGAUUCAGUGGAAAACUACAGUAAGAAUCGCUCUCAGGCUGCCAGGCGGCGGCGGCUCAUGGAGGACUGGAGCUUCUCGGGGAAAACGGGCUGGAUGGAAACUGGAUAUCUGAGAGGUCUUCCUUACGGCUGGGAGGAGGCCUACACUGCAGACGGAGUGAAAUACUACAUCAAUCACAUGACCCAGACGACAUCAUGGAGCCUCCCUGUGACGAGCGGCAGCGGGGCCCCGGGGCCGUCACCGCCGCCGCAGACCUCGGAGCAAGAGGGAGACGGGGAGGCGUCGGACCGAAGACCCAGCCCGUCCAUCGAGACGGAGAUGUGAAGCAGCAGAGUCGCUUUACUGUUACUGUAA